AUGGCCGGGAUCUUCCGCACCAUCUAUGACUGGCUCCUGAGGAUGUUCUGGGCAACCGAGAUGGAUGUCACGAUGAUCGGCCUGCAGAAUGCUGGCAAGUCCUCCCUGCUGCGAGUCCUGGCUGGCGGGGAGUUCACGAUCGACUCCAUCCCGACCAUCGGCUUCAACACGAAGCGAGUCCAAAAGGGCCAUGUGACCUUGAAAUGCUGGGACCUGGGCGGACAGCCACGGUUUCGGCCGAUGUGGGAGCGGUAUUGCCGGGGUGUCAACGCUAUUGUGUAUAUCGUAGACGCCGCUGAUCGGGCGGCACUGCCGGUGGCGACGGAGGAGCUGCACGAGCUAGUGACCAAGCCCACUCUGGACAGCAUCCCCCUCCUGGUGCUGGGGAACAAGUCAGAUCUGCCCAGUAAGCUGUCGGUGGAUGAGCUGAUUGAGGCAAUGGAUUUGAAAUCCAUCACCCACCGUGAAGUCAGCUGCUAUGGCAUCAGCGCCAAGGAGGAGACGAAUCUCGACGCCGUCCUCCACUGGCUGAUCGCCCGCGCCAGUCGAUGA